ACAUCACCUGACAAUAUAUACAUGUAGUAUAAAUGCACAGUAAUACCACGGACCUACUACCGUGUUGUUUAUUCUCAUAUUGCAAUGAACGAUACGUGAUACUGGACUUCUAGUGAAAUCUCUCCACUAUUUAUGCCAAAGAUUCUUUUGCCCAAUAAGGACGACAUCUGGCCUCCAAUGGCCCCGAGAUUUUUCGAGACACGCCCCCACGCCAGGCAACCAAUCACAGACUUUGAUAUGCGUGACGCCCACAGGCAGUCGCAGCAACAAGAACAAUCUUUUAAUUGUGACACGAGUAAUAGCGAGCAGCAAUAACCAGAUGAGUGCGCGAGGAGAUUUGUGAAAGCUAUAUAUUAUACAUACCUCAACAGAAGGAGCUAUUUAUUUAUAUCGUGUGUGAUCUUCAUGUUUUUUUAUACUAGUUCAAGUUCUGUCUUGCCUUUGCACAUUCAUUAUUCUCUCUGAGAGAGAAUGCUAUAGUCCUCUUUAUACUGUCCCCAAUUAAUCAACCAAUCAACUCCCUUGUGAUAAUAGUGGUAAUAAUUGACCACCUAGCUACCAUGCUACAGAGUUCCUGAUUGGUCAAUAUCACCUUCACCUUGCAUGACCCCCUCCAUUCAUCCAAUCAAAUUGCCCGGCAUCAACAUCCCCUCAUCCAAGGUAAUUCAUCAUUGAAUUCAUCCAACGCAACUUCUGAUUGUUCAAUUUUCCAUCGAUCUGAGCCCAAGAACCAAUCAUGGUUGGCCUACCACCGACUGAUAUCAAACCAUCCGUGGCUGUGAAGCUGGCCAGCGCUGGGCUGGGAGGAUGCAUAGCUGAUAUGAUCACCUUUCCACUGGACACAGCUAAAGUGCGCCUACAGAUACAAGGAGAGAGUGGAUCCGACGUAAAGAAAUCCUCAACACAGACGACCGGUAAAGAACUACGGGCGAGCUUCCGGUACCGUGGCGUCUUCGGCACGAUAUGGACGAUCAUCCGCCAAGAAGGCCCUCGGGGGCUCUACAACGGUCUCAUCCCGGGACUCCAGCGCCAGAUGUGCUUUGCGUCGGUCCGCAUCGGUCUCUACGACUCUGUCAAAGGCUUCUAUGCAGGUGCACAAAAAAGUGAAUAUGGUGGUGUUAACAUCUUUACGAGAAUCAGUGCGGGUAUCACAACCGGAGCCUGCGCUGUUCUCACUGCCCAACCCACGGACGUGGUCAAGAUUCGUCUCCAGGCGCAGGGUAAUGCGGUUCUAAAUGGCGCCCCCAAGAGGUACACCGGUGCUUUAAACGCCUAUCAGACCAUCGCGAAGGAAGAGGGAGUUAGAGGGCUCUGGAAAGGAACGAUGCCCAACAUUGUCCGAAACUCUGUCGUCAACGCCAGUGAAGUCGUGGCCUAUGAUCUCAUAAAGGAGGCUAUCCUUAAACGCAGAUACCUCAAAGACGAGUUCCCAUGUCAUUUCAUUGCGGCGUUCGGUGCGGGGUUUGUCACAACGUGCGUCGCAACCCCCGUGGACGUUGUGAAGACGAGGUUCAUGAAUUCUAGCCCUGGUCAGUAUCGUGGAGCCACAGAAUGUGCUACUCAGAUGUUUCAGAAAGAGGGUCUCUUAGCUUUCUAUAAAGGAUUCACGCCACAAUUUUUGCGACUUGGUUCUUGGAAUAUCGUGAUGUUUGUAUGCUACGAACAACUCAAACGAGCCAUGAUACUGUCCACGCAACACAACUAAAGACAAGUACCAUCGCCUCAAUGACGCCGUUCCACCUACCAAGUAUUGGGACUUUAGUUGUUGUUCUGCUCAUGCCAAACAUCCCAAUCACGAUCGAUUGCUUUGAGCUGAGUGCAGAACGCAGUUAAACCUGUCUAUAAGGGCCACCUAAGGGAUAAAAGGAAAAGUGGCCAUUUUAGACAGGUCGCCUUUCUUUAACAGAUUGUAAUAUCUUUUUAGAUGGACAAAAUAUCGGUGUCCACUUGGAGAAAGGUGGCUUUCAUAGAGAGUUGACCACUGUAGACAAGUGACCUUUGUAAAGAGGUGAUCACUGAUAUAGAGGUCGCCAAUCUAUACGUGUGGCUGCUAUGAAGAUUUGUCCACUUUAAACAGGUUUAACUCUGUUUGCUUCAUACUGUCUGGAAACACUCAGUAUUUUGCCUCAAUAUAUAUUACUUCCGAGGUUCUGAAUGUUUAUAGGCUUCGGACACAUGGACUAUUCCAUUUCAGUAUUAGGAAUGGACAUUCAGUUGCAGUAUGAGAAGCCGAAUGGACAAUUAUUGAAAUGAAAUUUCCUUAAUUAUUUGCCAAUUGCAUAAUAUUCGUAUAUUAUGUAACAGUUUGUAACUACUUCUCUGUAAAUUUAAAAUCAUAUGUACAUGUCGUUGUCGUCAUUAUGUAUAAUAAUGAUGAUAUAUAUAUUUUUUGCUUGGAAAAUACAUAGAUAUACAUCUAUGUACACCCUGUAUAUCACAUAUUCAGUAAUGCCCACAUGCAGCAAUGUUGUAGGGUUUAUUACACCCGGGAUGAGACAGGCAUUUGUAGAUGAAAAGCCUCGUUAAAGGGCAUGAGCACAAGGAUGGGGAUUGAAUCCAGGACCUUAUAAUUGAGAUUCAAGAGUAUGAACCACUAUACCACAUUAAAUCUAGAAUGCUGUUAAUGGUGCAUACAUGUAGUUAACCAAAAAUUGUUAAUGAAAUGUAUUUUUUUCCUUCUUAAGCUGGUCUGAUUUCAGUUUUGGUAGUUAUGCUAAUAGAUUUACCCCUUGUUUCUGAGUUUUACACAACUCAAACUAGUUACCGGUACAUGAUGCUGAAGUAAGUUCGGUUAGAACAAAAAAUAAAAAAAAUAACUAAAUGAAAAACAUGCUCUUCAGUUGCUUUAUGAUUUACUUUCAUGGAACUUUGAAAUAAAAUAAUGCGAAAUGUCUCAUGAUAAUGAUAAAAAUAAUGGUGAGUUCUUGUAUAGCGCUUAUAGACUUGACACUCCUGGCGCUCCACAAUUAUUACCCUGGCUUGGGGAAUAUUGAAAUGAUAAUCCAAAUUUUGCAAUGUGUUUAGGAAAAGGCACAAGAGUAGACAACAGUAUGCUGAGUAGUGAGAAUCUUACUAAAUCAAGCUUUACGCCCUAUUGCAUAUCUAUGAAUAUUACAUUUAUUACAAUAAAUUGGUUCAUUGAUGUACAUAUAUACGUGCUUAUGCAAUUUCUUCAAAGUAUAUUUUUGCCUGCACUACUAUUGGCAUUUUCAGGAUAAAUAUUUUUGUAAUGCUCAUGGGGUUUCUAAGUGAUCUUAUAAGGCAUACAAUACUAGUAAUGGAAGCAGUUGAUGUUUAGAUCUAUUGAAUAUUUCUAUGAAAUUUGGGUUUGCUCAGUAACGUGUCAGUCUUGUGUGAACACACUUCCCUCACAUGAACAAUCCUAAUGUAUACAGUUGUAGAUACACUUUACCCACUAUCUACACCAGUGGCAUCACAUGCCAAUUGAUAUAUGUACUGAAGGAUGACCUAAUACUCAUCACAUAAUGACAGUAUAAUUAUUGCAGAGUUCUCUCCAGUGCUAAAAUUUAGGGGGGGGGGGGGGAAUGCAAAAGGAAAAUUCCAAGGGGAAAAAUUGCCCUAGGAAAAUUCUCCUGACAGGGGUACUAACAAGGGUUAUAGUAAUGUCAAUCUUACAUGUACUUUCAACCUCCAAAAUUGUAAUGGUCCUAUCAAAGCACCCUGUGGGAUGCCCCAAACCCAUAUUUAUUAUAGCUUGGACCAAGGUUUAAAAAAAGAAAUUCGCCUGAGAAGCCUGUGAUAAGUACAAUAUUAUAAUUUUACAUAUAAUCCAAUUCAUGUUCUUUUUGAUAAAGAAACCAAGAGAAAUUGAAUAUUGUGGAGAUACAGAAGAAGAAAAAAGUAUUCAAAAUUAGUGAAUAUCAACUCAUUGGCUGUUUAUUUCUUUUCCUAAUUUUCUUUAUAUGCCAUUUAUUUAAGUUAAGGCAUAGGAUGUUUACAACUGAGAUCAAUCAUGUUAUUGUUGCAUUAUUUGUAUGAUUAAUAAAUGUAUUUGAUAUUGUUUUAAUUGCAAUUCCCAUUAGAAGCAGCAAAUUUGCAAAGCUUUGGGAUGUUUGCAUGGAUAAUGAGACAUUGUGAAAGAAAUUCAUCAAAGCGAAACAGUAGAGUGAGUAAUUAUAUCUAGUCCAUUGUUUAAAUGCACAAAAUAGUGUAAAUAAUCUUAACCUUUAUUUUGGAAAGAAGGACAUUACACAGGGUAUUUUCUUAAUUGUGUGACUGUAAAAAUUAUUUUAUAUGCUAUUGUGCAUGUAAUUAAGCAUAGAAAGGUGUGGACAAGAUGCCAGUAUUGGACACAAUAGACGUAAAAGGUGACAAAGAAUGGACCGGAUCGUAGUAAUUAAGUUCUGGUACAAAUAUCUCCCGAUCUUUUACACAUGGAGAUGUCCCACAUUGUGCAUUUUAGAAUGAUCACUCCGAAGUCAUGGAUGUGCUUUAUGUAUGCCUUUUGUUUGCUCUCUUGAGAUGAAUACUUUCACCUGUGUACCGGAGAAUGGGCUGUCAGUGAAUAAUGAAUGAUGAAUACAUACAUGUAUACAUGGAA